GCAGCACGAUCACACUUCACAACUAAAUUGGACAGCGCGCUGAAACCUGCUCCAGUCCUUUACAGCGUGUACCCCAAGAGCUCUGUGUGAAUCAUGGACGAGGACUUUGAUUUUGAGCGUCGCAGAGAGUUACGGAGACAAAAGCGAGAAGAGAUGCAGCGGGAGGCAGAGAAGAUGAACUCUCACGAUGAUGAGGAGGAGGCAGCCCGGGAACGUCGGAGACGAGCCCGUCAGGAACGUCUGCGCAAUAUGGAGAAUGAAGAGUCGAGUAAUACUACAACAGAAACGAACAGUACAGAGACGUCCUCAUUGAUCACUAGCUCUGCACCGACUGAGGAGGAUGAGCAGGCUCUCUUAGAAAGGCUUGCCAAGAGAGAAGAGCGGAGACAGAAAAGGAUGAAGGAAGCUUUGGAGAGACAGAAGGAAGAUGAUCCUACCAUCACUGAUGAAACUGUCACCACCGACACCACCACCACCACCACAGAGGACGAGCCAAGUCAUAGAAACAGCGAACAAGAGUCCUCUCAAAAUGAUGUUUCUUCAACAGAAACCAAGGAAAAGGAAAUGGAAGAGAAAAAAGAAGAGGAAAAUAUAGAGGAAAGCAAAGUUGAGGAGACAAUUACAAAAAAGGAGGAUCCGGCACCAGUCACAGAGGCAGAGGAACCUAAAGAAUCUUCUGAGAAGGACGACAAACCAGAAGAGGAAGAUAAACCACAGAGGUCCCAACUCAGAGAACAGGAAUCCACAGAGGAAAAACCCAAAGAACCAGCUGUACCAAAUGAGGUUGUAGAGGAAAAGCCGAAACCUUCCUUUGUACGGGACAAACUGAAAGUGUCAACAAAGCCGCAAGAUGUAGCUGACAGCACCGCCAAAGCCAAGAAACCAGAGAAGACACUAAGUCCCACCAGCUUGCGUUCUCCUGAAACAGAGAAGCAAGAUCCCAUCGCCAAGCUGGAAGCAGAACGCAAGCUGCAGGAGCUGAAGCGCAGGCGGAACGAGACGGACAGCGAGGUGCUGGAGAAGAUGAAGCAGAAGCAGCAAACUGCAGAGGCCGAGCUGGAGGAGCUGAAGAAGAAGAGGGAGGAAAGGAGGAAGAUUCUGGAGGAGGAGGAGAAGCAGAAGAAACAGCAGUUGGCAGAAAAGAAAGCCAAAGAGGAGGAAGAAAGGAGGAAGAUGAAGGAAGAGAUUGAGCGAAGGAGAGCAGAAGCAGCUGAGAAAAAAAAACAACAGGAGGAGUCGAAAGAAGGGAGCAAAGCACCAUUCAUUGCUCCGAAGGGCGCCUCCGCAAAGAUUGGAGAGAAAGCAGAAUUUCUGAACAAAUCUGCUCUGAAAAGUCCAGUGAAGACGUCACACACUCCAUUAGUUUGCAAGAUUGGAAACAGACUAGAGCAAUACACUUCUGCUGUUCAGACCAAAGAAGUGACCAAGUCACCAAAAUCUCCUGUGGACGUACCUGGGGCUGAAGGGAUGCGGAGCAUCAAGAGUAUGUGGGAGAAGGGGAAUGUGGUCAAUCCCACCCAGAGUCCUGCAAGCCCCCCAGCAGUCACCAAGGAAACAGCUGGUCUGAACGUCGGUGUGGCUGGUCGCAUUAACAGCUGGAAAACCAAGACUCCAGAGCCCAAAACUCCUGAAGCCAAACCAGCUCCUGAACCAGAAAAACCACCUGCCAAAACGGAGCAAAAGCCAGCUGAGGUCACUAAACCACGUGGCCCAUGGGAAACAAAGGGCUCCACACCUCCCAAGGUGUUCGCAGCCAAGAGUAAAUUCGUCACAAACGGAACAAGAAAAUGAAGACAUCCGACGGACGCAAGAGCAGCCAAAAUGGAGGAUGCAUGCAUUAAAUGUGCAUGAUCUUGCAACUUCGUGACCCACAUCUUAUAUUGGAAAUCGACAAAUUAACAGUACAAAAUAAAAAUUUUGUAGGUUACUUUUUUUUUACAGUAGUGAAAUAUCUGUUAUAAUUAAACUUUUAAAUGUAUUGCAAUGACCAUGAAUCACACAAGCCUAGAAAUACAUUUUAAAGGAGAAGCCCACUUCCAGAACAACAAUUCACAAAUAAUUUA